AUGUAUGGGCUUAGCUCCCAUGGCAAGUCUCAGUUCGACGCAAAUGUUGCCUGGGCUGUUCUUGUAGGUGUUGCAGUAGCCACCAGACUUUACUGCAAAGUAAAAAGUAAGCAAGACAUCAAGUCGGAUGACUACUGGGUUAUUGCUGCACUCCUUUUCUACUAUGUCGCCGUGGGUUUCGCAAUAUGGGGUGUCAUUACAGGCGGCGGAGGAUUGGAGAUGGAGAAUCAUGGCCUCGUUAAGGACAAACCCCAAAAGCGCCGGCAUGUUGUCCAACUAUCUCCAGCUUGGACAUUUGUUCUUACAUCCAUCUACUGUGUCAAGAUAUCCAUUCUCCUAUUCUACCGACGCAUCUUCUUCAUCACCACUGGGUACAAACAAGUAUCGCUCGCUCUUAUGGUGCUCUCCACGGCCUGGUACAUUGCAUCACAGGUUGCCAAUCUACUUACUUGCCAACCAGUUGAUUCCUUCUGGAACCGAAGGAAGCCCGGUAAAUGCUCCAACUUUAAUGCCAUGUACCUUGGGACGGGAACCGUUGACCUCCUGAUCGACGUCGCUAUCUUGGUGCUUCCCAUCCGCAUGGCGUUCAAUCUUCAUCUUCCGACACGCACGAAAGUUGCAGUAGCAGGUAUAUUUUCUCUUGGCGGAUUCGUCGUCAUUUCACAAAUUGUGCGGCUUGUGUAUGUUUACCAGCCUGGUGCCAGAUACGUGAAAUUCUAUGAGUCUGAACAAUGGACAAAUAUCCACGACGCGACAGCUAUCAUCUGCGCUUGUCUUCCAAUCUACAAGCCAGUGUGGUCGCCAGUCUCCAAGUUCGUGGGAAAGGUAGUCAGCCACUACACCAGCUUGUUGAAGUCGAAGAUCACUGGUAGGAAAAGCAAGUCCAGCGUGAACUCUAGCAGGAUGGAGCGCCUCGACAGCUCUGAGAUGAACCGUGAAUCUAAGAGCGUAGGCGGGGACAGCACACAUGAACUAAGAACUGUGUCCGAGUUUGGACAGGACGAUUCACGUGGCGCGAAGGGACUGGAAGCUGACGAUGCUACGUAUCAUGUUGUUCGUAAGGGAAGCACUGCGUACUCGCGGCGGAUGGACAUGGUCUAG